AUGCAGCGUGUUUUUGUGGGUUAUUUAGUGAAUUGGGAUGUACAGAGACAGAUAUGGGAUCACCUGUUUGGAAAGGAGCUGUUUAAGGUGGAUUUUGCAGAGACCAGUAUAGUCAUCACAGAACCAUAUUUCAACUUUGACACAAUUCAGGAGUCAAUGAAUGAAAUCUUGUUUGAGGAAUAUCAGUUUCAGUCAGCUUUGAGAGUGAAUCCUGGUACACUGAGUGCUUAUAAAUAUUUUCAGCAGAAUCCCUCGGAGCUGUGCUGUAUCGUGGUUGACAGUGGGUAUUCUUUUACCCACAUUGUACCUUUCUGCAGAAAUAAAAAGAAGACAGAAGGCAUUGUAAGAGUAAAUGUGGGAGGAAAGCUGCUGACCAACCAUCUAAAGGAGAUCAUCUCAUACAGGCAGCUUCAUGUCAUGGAUGAAACAUACGUUAUUAAUCAAGUCAAAGAGGAUGUUUGCUAUGUGGCACAAGACUUCUACAAAGAGAUGGACAUUGCCAAGUUGAAAGAUGAAAGUAAUACUGUUAUGCUGGACUACGUGCUGCCUGACUUCAGUACUAUUAAAAAAGGAUUUAUCAAGCCAAGAGAAGAGAUGGUGUUUAGUGGCAAGUACAAGACUGGUGAACAGAUUUUGCGUCUGACGAAUGAGAGAUUUGCAGUUCCAGAAAUAGUAUUCCAUCCUUCAGACAUCGGUAUUCAGGAGAUGGGAAUUCCAGAAGCAGUUGUUUUUUCAAUUCAAAAUUUGCCUGAAGUAACUACAGUUUAUGGAAAUGUUAUGCUUGUUCCUAAUGAGUUCUAA